GAGAUCCCCAUUUUGCCGUGAUCUGCUCCAGUACUAGCCCUUCAAACAUUCAUCAGGAUGGCGCAGAAGUUCGUGCUGAGGAUUCCGACCAUGACCGACGACCGAUCCAAGCAGAGAGCCGUCCACACCGUCGCUCGUGUCUACGGUGUGGACUCGAUAGAUGUGGAGCUCAAGGAGAACAAGAUGACGGUCAUCGGCGACAUGGACAUGGUCGUUGCCAUGAAGAAGCUCAGGAUCAAGUUCUGCAAGGUCGACAUCGAAUUGUCCGGCCCGGCCAAGGAGGAACUGCUGGCGGAGGAGGAG